CCUGUGCUGCCUUCGAGGCUUGUUUUGCAUCGCUUUCUGUCCGUUUUGCACGCCCUUUCCCCCCCUCCCGCUGCGGCGUUUUUCGCACGCGCGUGUUGGACGACUUUCGACCGUCGGCGCACUUCUGCAAGCGCGACGUUCACAUGUGUGGAAAUCGCAGCGUUUCCACACGCCGUCGCUGCGCGAGACUAAAAGUCGGCCAAGCUGGGGGGGUGAGGUGGUGGUGGUGGUGGUGGUGGUGGGGGGAACAGAAAAGUUGCGGACGUGUUUUCCAGGAACAAGCAGGGUUCCGCGGAUACAAUGUGGAACAUUGUAAUAACGGCGUGAACGAGCACAUCGGUUUCGGUGACUCGCCUGUUCGCCAUAUUUGCGCGCUUGGUAACUCUGCGUGAAAGUUAAGCGCGAAACCGACUUGUGACAUUUGCGGCGCACGAUCCCAUCAUGGAGCUGCACGACUUUAAUCGCGAUCAAGUGGACUCUUCGGGGCCGGCCGUGGAAUACCGACCGUGUCAUUUAUGAGGUGGUGCACCCUAAAGAGGAUGUGAAGAGCGGGCAUCAAACGUCAGCUGCGAUUCGGCGUACAUUUCCUUUUGGAGGAUUUUUCCUUCCACAUGCCAGCUGCGUAUAAAAGACCGCCCCAGGAAGUUAAAGCACACUACAAGACCUGGACGCCGGCAUCUUCUCGGAAUGAGUCUUCCUCCGCAAAUGAGUACUGACAAGAGCAGCAAGCAUCGGGCAGCGGCGGCCAUGAAAGAGCCCUUGCAGCAUUCGGGGGACGUUUAUUACGGACUUGGACCUCCAUCGUUGGAGUCCAGCCAGAGCGACACCGCUGGCAGCUCUGGUGUUUACAACCCAGAGAAAGCGCCUCAGGUUCUCCCACCAUACCAACAGGUCGCCCCAGUAAAGUGGGUGCAUCAGGACUCCCUUCAAGCACCCGGCUGGCCUCAGGAAGCUCCGGUGCCGGGAUGGGGCCAGAACUUUGCGCCUUACAUGGGUGGCGUGAACGCCCGGGGUCAGAUGGCAUUCCACAAGGCGGUCCACGACACGCUUCAAAUGGGCGGCGAAAACCAGCAAGUUUACAGGGACGCCCCCCGGGCUCCGGCUCAGGCCCGGGGGCUGGAGUGGGAGCAGCAAGCCGUGCACCAGGCCCAGCUUCAAGCGUACCAGCACAAGGGCGUGGAACUGCAGGGCGCGGCCCACGUGCCCGCUCACAACGUGCAGGCUCCCAUGCUGCAGCCCUUCCAGACGACGUUCAACAAGCAGCAGUUCCCGCCGGGGUACUACUCCGUUUUCCCGGGUAACAAAGGAAUGCAGGGCUUAGCUUACGGCGAGCAGCCCAAAACCCAACAACAGCAGCAGCAGCAGCAGCUGCUUCACCACAUGCAGCAGCAGCAGCAGCAGCAGCUACAACAGCAGCAGUUGCAGAAACAGCACCAACUCCAGCUCCAGCAGCAACUUCAGCAGCAGCAAAUGCAACAGCAACAAAUGCAGCAUAUGCAGCAGCAGUACCACCACCACCAACAACAACAGCAGCAGCAACUACAUGAGCGACAGCAACAAAUUCACAAAAUGCAACAGCAGCAGCAGCAGCAGCAGGCACAAACCGUCGCCCAGCAAGACGCACAACCUCCAAAUUUCGUCACGUAUCAGCCCCCUGAACUUUUCCCACCCGACGCCGUGUCCAAAAAGGAGGCGGCGCCAAUAUCGGAGCCGCCAAAGGAAGUCGCAGCCGAGCCGCCGUACCCCUCAGAAGCUUCUGACACGACGCCGGCCGCCCCGAGGCGCUCGCGCCGCCUCUCCAGAGACGGCCAGUCCCCGCUGGCGCCGCCUUCCGACAACCUGUGGGCUCAAACCCCAAAAGAAACCUCGCAGAAUGGCGUCCCGGGUGCGGAGGCCCCGAGAGGAGGGGACGCCCAAGCUGCGACGGGGGGAGUCAUCCAGAGCACCCGCAGGAAAAGGAGAGCGUCCAAGGAGAUCAACUUGGAGACUCUGGCCCAGAAGGCCUCGGAAAUGCCCUCCAUGCCAGAGUCGCUGUCUGCUUGCAGAACUGAGGGAGGCGGCCCUCAGGGCAAGCAAGCCACCAUGGUCCCGUUAAUCAUGCCGGUGUCGGUGCCAGUGCACAGGAUGCAAAUAGCCGGCCACGGCGCGUCGGCGCAGGGACGAGCGACAUCCGAAUGCAAACCGUCCGUCAUCGUGGCUCGGCGCAGAUCCCUCCGAAAUUCGGUGACAGACAGCUUGGAGCAGGAGGGAGAGAAUGAUCCUGGACUGGACGAGGAGGGGAAAACCAAACAAAAGCGCAGACCCCGGCCGGAGCCUCUCAUCAUACCUCCUCCCAGACCUUCCACGUUGAUCCCGGCGUCCGUUUACUCCAGCAUCUCCGCCUACCAGAGCAACCUGCGCUCCCCCGUCCGCCUGCCGGAAAACCCGCUCACCUUGCCCCCCUACACGCCGCCCCCCAUCCUAUCUCCCGUGCGAGAAGGCUCAGGACUCUACUUCUCCACUUUCCUCACCAACUAUGCCGUCACCAACCAAAUUCUCCCGCCCCUGCCUACACCCAAGUCAGCCACCAGAAGCCUCCUGCGCUCCACAAGUUCAGACAUCACACCGCCGGUCCUGCCCUUGAUCACCGACGCCACGCCCGUCAGCCUCGAGCCGCGCAUCAACAUCGGGCAGCAGUACCAAGCGGAAAUUCCCGAGUUGCGGCAGCAGAAUUUGGCUCAGUUGGACGCGCACAAGGCCGAGUUGGUUUGGCUCCCUUUGCACGACGGCCAUCUUAAAAACGCAGCACACGAUAGGGUGGAGAAUCUGAUGAACAUGGCUUGUUCCAGUGUGCUCAGCGGAGGAGGAACCAACCAGGAGCUCGCUCUGCAUUGUUUACAUGAAAGUGGAGGAGAUUUAUUUGAAACCCUCAGCCGUUUACUGCAUCAGGAGCAUAUCUUCCCAAAAGGACAUCACCUGGCACAUUAUCAUUACUCAGGCUCCGACAGGUGGAGUGCAGAAGAGAAGCAUUACUUCAACAAAGGGAUGUCUGCCUACAGGAAGGACUUCAUCUUGGUGCAGAAACUGGUGCAGACCAAGACAGUGGCUCAGUGUGUUGAGUUCUACUACACGUACAAAAAGCAGGUGAAGAUCGCCCGCAAUGGGAUUUUGACCUACGGCCCUUCAAACUCACCCGUGGAUAGAAACGCAGAGGCUGUAGUGGACAUUAAGAGUUCUCAGCAGUCCAAACCGACCCACCUUCACGUGGAGCACAAGAAGGAGCAGUCUUAUGAGCAGGAGAGCAAUCAGCAGGCCAUGGUGGCUCACUCAUUACAGGCUCAUGACUAUGCGGGUACUGUUCUGGUGGUCAAAGAGCCGGAGAACGUUCUCAAGGAUGCCGCCUACACAUCGGCUCCGCACAGGCCUCAGAGCAAUGCUGUGGCCAAGAAGACCAAAGCGCCGGUCAAGCCCGUGCAAGAUCCCGAUGCAGUAUUUCCGUGCAAGAAGUGUGGCAGGGUGUUCAACAAAGUGAAAAGUCGCAGCGCCCACAUGAAAAGCCACGCAGAGCAAGAGAAGAAAGCCGCCGCCCUGCGCCAGAGGGCGGCGGAAGAGCAGGCGGCGGUCGCCGCCGCCCAAGCCCGCAAGGAGGCCUUGUUGGCGGUGGCGUCGGCGGCAUCUCACCAGGGCGGCAACGGAGUACAGAACCAGGAGGAGCCGAGCAGCCAGGAGGACUCAUCAGAGGGCGAGGAGGAGGACGAUAACGACGAGGACUGGCACUGAGACCAAACUAAACUUUUGCGGUUAAAUGGAUUUGAAGGGGCAGACCAGAAUGAUCAACAAGAGCUGAAUAAGCACACGAGGAACCUUUUAAGUCUUCCUGUGGAACUCUUGCACUCCUUUCCUGGCCGAUUAAGGAUUUUUUUUUUUUUUUUUUUGUAUUCCUCAGUCAGGCCGGCACUCCACAUUUUCACACCUUUGUAUCAUUUUCAAGAUUACAAAUGACUUUAUUUUUGUCGAAAUGCACUUAUGCAGUACGCUUUUGCCAUUGUUGCCUUUUUACAAUACUGUGUAUCCUUUAUUUAAUUGACAAUAUGUCAUGAAUAUUAGGCAUUUUCAGUAUAGGGACUUGCUCUGGGUUGUUUGGUAAACAUGAUCAGGUAGUCUGUAAUUUACACGGAACAAAAUGAUGUUUGUGGUUCCUUUGAUUCGAAUGAGCCCCUUGGCUUGUUUUCAAAAUAUUUUGUUUGUGCGUGUGUGUGUGUGUGUGGGAGGAGGGGGGAAUGCUGCAUUGAAUGUUGCUGAUUCUAUUUUAAGUUUGGUUGUACACUUAUUUUUACAGUUGAAUAACCUUUAAAAGUAAUAUGUACAAAAAGUAAAUAUAAAGUUUGCUGUAUUUAUGCAUUUUUAAGCAAUUUUAAUAUAAAAAAAAGAAUCCUAUUAGAUGCAGUAUAACUUGUGAAUUGAAAAAAAAAAAAACAAUUAAAAAGUGCUGAGAACAAUCAA